CAAAAAUAAAUUUACAAGUGUUUCUAAAUAUGGCCGGUUCAAUCACGGAUAAUGCGGCUAUAUACAAGAAAACCUUUACAUAUGUCCCGCCAACACCGCCUUCGGAGCUUAUCGAUUCUACUAACUAUACGUUGAACUUCGUGAAACGUAAGUUUAUACAUAUUGGGAUCGAUCCGACUGAUAUGUUCAGAGUGGCGGUGCAUAUAAUAACACCAUCACGUUAUAUUAAUAUUUCAACUGAGUUUCUAAAAAGAAUAUUUUCACUGAUGGGUAAUAUCCUAUCAUUUAUUUUGGAGCAGCCGGCGAAAUAUAAAAGAACCAUUUUUCUUGAGACAGAGAAUUUCAAGUUAUUUAGCAUGAUGUAUAGCGGUGAAAACUCCUUAGUAAUAGAGUCCAAGAUACACGACGGAUGUCGAAUUCUUUUAAAUCGUACAGAACUCAUACGACUUCACUACCUAGAAUGUUGCAUUUUCGAAACAAUCGUACGAAAAUCAACUAUAAUGCAUCCAAUCGUCUUAAAACAAUUCAAUAUAUUUACGAAUUAUACUGAUGGUGAACUUUCCAAAGUGGAAUCAUUGCCGAGAACGAGUGAAGAAAUGACUACGUUUAUUAAAAAUGUACGUGAUGAACAUAUUAUUGCAAGCAGUCCUAAACAUGAUAUCGAUUUCAUUAGUCAGCUCAAAAUGUAUGCAUUAGCGCAAUUAACUGAACAUUGCAUGCAACGGUGGAAUGGGGAAAUGUCUCCAAAGGUAUAGCCAAUAUAUUUAUUCUAUGUACAUAAAGAUUUAAUCAUUUAUUUAUUUUAGCCGUUUGAUGGUAAUUUAACAAUCAUUUCACCGACCUCGUCAACCUAUUUGCCCUCGAGCAUCACGAAAGUCGACAUAUUUGAC